UUAUUAUAUGACAUAUAUCAUUUGAGAAAUAAAUUAAAUUUUCUUUUUGAUGUAUUAUGCUCUUCUUCUUUUUUCUUUUUAUCAACAAGACAAGAGAAUUUAAAUUUGAGACUUCUUCUAAUAUUGUUGUAGAUGUAAUCAUCAGACAGACAACUAUUCUUUCACUUUUCACUAAUUGUUGUAGAUGUAAGAGUUUUCAUUGUACAUCUAAUCAUCAUCAGAAUGGCGCCAUUAAUGUUCUCCUUAAGAUUUCUGUUCUUCCUUUCUCCCGUUUUGUUCCUCAUGAUCAGCCCUCAAUCCCUUGCUCAGAUAUCGUGUUCCAACGAUAAAGGCAACUACACCACCAACAGUACCUACCACACAAACCUCAACACCCUUCUCUCUUCUCUUUCUUCCCCCUCCAACAACGGCAAUGGGUACGGCUUCUACAACUCAUCCUACGGGGAAAACCCCGACCAGGUUUACGCAAUCGGGCUAUGUCGAGGGGAUGCCACGGUGGACAGUUGCCGUGGCUGCCUCAACGACACCGCACAAUUGCUCACACAGUCCUGUCCCAAUCAAAAGGAAGCUUUCGGCGCAGGUGAUCAGUGCAACCUUCGCUACACCAACCGCUCCAUCCACGGAGUCAUGGAAACUUCCCCUGCUUUCCGGCUGUAUAACGUACAGAACGUGUCCUCCUCCGACGUCGUCGAGUUUGAUCAAGAGCUGAGGACGCUACUGGAGGACCUAAGGGGUCAAGCUGCAGGGAACGGUUCACUUCGAAAAUUUGCGGUAGGGAGCGCAACCACUCCCAGCUUCCAAACAAUCUAUGGACUUGCGCAGUGUACGCCGGAUUUGACCGAGAUGCUCUGCAGUAAUUGCUUGGGUACUUCUUUGGGAGAUAUCCAAAGAUAUUUUCCGGGGAAUCAACCAGGUGGUAUAAUUGUUAAACCCAGCUGUGAUGUUAGGUAUGAGACCUAUCCCUUCGUUGACCCUACAACUGUCCGACCAUUGCCGUCUCCUCCGCCGCCAACCAGUACAGGAGGAUCGAAGAGUAACAGAUCUCAGACUGUCAUAAUUAUUGUUGUGCCAAUUGUUGUUUCUAUGGUACUAAUAGUUAUAUACUUCUGCAUUUGUUUAAGAGUAAGGAGGACAAAGAAAAAACUUGAAACUAGGAAGUUAAUUCCAGGCAGCGACGAUACAGAUGAAAUUGGAUCUGUAGAAUCCUUGCAAUUUGACUUGGCCACCAUUAGAGUUUCCACAGAUGACUUUUCUGAAGCAAAUAAACUUGGACAGGGGGGAUUUGGAUAUGUUUACAGGGGUAGGCUUCUCAAUGGAGAAGAUAUAGCUGUAAAAAGACUCUCCACAAAUUCUGGGCAAGGAGAUUUAGAAUUCAAAAAUGAGGUCUUAUUAUUAGCUAAACUUCAGCACCGGAAUUUAGUUAGACUCUUAGGUUUCUGCUUAGAAGGAAGUGAAAGGCUUCUUGUCUAUGAAUUUGUCCCUAAUGCAAGUCUCGAUCACAUCAUAUUUGACCCAACAAAGCGAGCACAACUAGAUUGGGAGAGGCGCUACAAAAUCAUAGUAGGCACUGCUCGAGGCCUCCUUUACCUCCACGAAGACUCUCGCCUUAGAAUUAUUCAUCGUGAUCUCAAAGUUAGUAACAUCUUGAUAGAUGCAGAAAUGAACCCCAAAAUUUCAGAUUUUGGCAUGGCAAGGUUGUUCGUGCCUGAUCAAACGGAAGGCAAUACUAGUAGAAUUGUUGGGACCUAUGGGUAUAUGGCUCCAGAGUAUGCAAUGCAUGGGUACUUUUCUGUUAAGUCUGAUGUCUUCAGUUUUGGUGUGUUAGUUCUAGAGAUAGUCAGUGGACAAAAAAAUAUUGGCAUCCGGCAUGGAGAAAAUUUGGAGGAUCUUCUAAGCUUCGCCUGGAGAAGUUGGAGGGAAGGGACAGCUUCAAAUCUAAUAGAUCCUACAUUGAAGACUGGUUCAAAAAAUGAAAUAAUGAGAUGCAUCCACAUUGGAUUAUUAUGUGUGCAAGAAAAUGUAGCUGAUAGGCCAACCAUGGCUUCUGUUAUUCUCAUGAUGAAUAGCUACUCCUCCACUCUCCCAGUGCCCUCCCAAUCUGAAUAUAAUUCAGGGGCAACAAGGUCAGAUCGAUCCAAGAGUAACUCUGUCAUAGUAAUGGAAUAUGAGACUUUUACUGAACCACAUCCGCGCUAGUAAUGGAAUAUGAGACUCCACAUUCUUGAUACAAUAACAGAGGAAGUGCUAUAUAGCAAAGCAUUUACUUCUGAUGGAUUUGUGGAGAAAAUUAUCCAAGUCUGUUGAUUUUCAGGAUCUGGAUCAAUGUGAA